AUGACGAAAAACGCGAUUCCGUGUCCCUUACUGGACCCAGAGCAAAACGUAAAAUCAGAAAUGGGACAAAACCUGGAGCGCGCCGUUCAAAAGGGAUUCUCCGACGCGGGCCUGCUUGGCAUCGAAUCAGCUGAAGUCACGCUCGAUUCCGACAUCAAUCUCAAUGUUGAUUCCGGUGCAAUUGGAAUCGUCGUCGCAGUCAUUGUCGUCCUAGUGAUAGUAAUUAUCCUGGUAAUAGCGCUGUGCUCGAAGUAUUGUUGUAACUGUUGCGACAAUUUGUGCUUUCAAGGGCGCGGCCAGAACAGGCUCAAAAAGGAUCUAACGAUGCGAGAUGGUCAAUACGGAGCGGACUAUUCCGGCACCAUAAACCCGACAAUGUCGAUCCUCCCCUACGAAGAGCGCCAAAACCAUCACACCGGCUGUCCAAGCUGCGGAUCGCAGGUCGCGCCGACGGUAUCGCCCAGCUACGCGCCCUCAAUAAACCGCGCACCCUCAGUAGCAGCUUCGAUAUUCAAGAGCGUGAAAUCCGGCGGCAACCAAGUGGACGGACACAGUGUGAUGAUGCCCGCGUCGAUUCAAUACUGUACUCUACCCUCGGGAGAAGUCGGAAUGUUCAUCCCCCAGGGAGAUCUCAUGGAGGUCCUGGAGCACAGCCAAGUCUCGAAAAUGGGGACGAUAAAAUCAUCAAACACAAUGAAAUACUACAGCAGUACGAAGAAAACUGGCGAUUCCAUGCGAGCGCUAGAAUAUCCCGGAAAGUCCUGUAAUUAUACAACGGAAACGGAAGAUGGUCGAAAAUCAAGAGAAAAAAGGGACCAGCGAAAGCGAAGAAAAAGGAGAACUCACAGAGAAUCUUCUGCGAAAUCCCAUCCAAGGAACCCAAACAUCCCUUCAUCUGGCUACAAAUCCGACUCCAGUCACAGCCGAAGCAAGAGCCACUCGUCCAGAACGUUUUCAAGCCACUCGGACGAAGAGACAGUUCAUCGCAGGAGAAUGACAGUAAUUGAAGAAACGAAGAAAACGUCGCGGAGCAAGAAGAAUUUGUCGAACACAGAGGAUCCAAUCUUUCUGCAAGCGUCGAUAAAAGAGCUUAAUUUUGGAACGCGACAAUAG